AUGUCGCCCGUCAGCUUGUCGUCCAUCAGUAUUACUAUCUUGGGAAGUGCUUCGGCUCAGCCGUCCUCCACUCGCAACCAUUCUUCUCUCGCUCUCCACCUCAACGGAGAUGUCUGGCUCUUCGACUGUGGAGAGGCCACCCAACAUCGAAUUCAGAAGAGCAACGUCAAGAUGGGAAAGAUACAGAAGAUAUUUAUCACGCAUACCCACGGCGACCACAUAUUCGGGCUCAUCCCCCUCCUUGCAAGCCGUUUGAAUGGUGCAGGAGGUAUGGUAAACAAUGCAGAUGAUACACGACUACGGUCCGAUGCUAUUCAAGACUCAAUCCCGCCUCUAGAAAUAUAUGGCCCUCUCGGCACCCGCGCAUAUAUUCGCACUGGACUCACGUACACAUACACCAAUCUAGGGGCGCCGUACAUCGUGCAUGAGCUCCAUUUCCCGUCAGAUACGCCGUCAGAAGGUUACACCUCCCUGCCUCCGCAUCCGGCGGAGCUGCCCACAGGGCGCAACAUACCACAAGUCGAUGGAACAUGGCCAGAGAUAUUCAGGGACAGUAUAGUCUCCUUAUCUGCUGCUCCCAUUUUGCAUUCAGUGCCGUGCGUGGGGUACGUCUUAAACGAGCUCCCUGUCCCGGGAAAGAUGGAUCCCAAAGAAUACAUCCCCCACCUCAAACGGACUGGGGCGCCAAUGUCUGUCAUGAGUCGUCUGCAGCAGGGUGAGAGCACUGUGCUCUCAGAUGGUACGAUUCUGCGUGGCCCUCCACAUAGGCCUGGUCGGAAGAUUGUCAUACUAGGAGACACGUACGAUCCCUCACCCAUCGCUGAUUUGGCUUUCGACGCGGAUCUCCUGAUUCAUGAAGCGACGAAUGCGCAUCUCCCUGGGAUUGAUCCCAACACGAAAACCGAAGAUACUCACGAGAGCGUUCGAAAACGUGCAAUGUCGCGAGGUCAUUCCACACCACAGAUGGCGGGGUUGUUCGCGAAAAGGAUUCGUGCAAAAAGAUUGCUCCUCAAUCACUUCUCGCCCCGCUACGCUGGGAAUGAUGAUGUUGACGAGAAUGCAAAGAAGAUCAUGGAAGGCGUGAGCGCGUUGGCUGCGGACGAGUUCGGCGGACCAGUGAUAUGUGCGAGGGAUCUGAUGAAUUUGGAUGUGGAAGCGCGACGAUAA